ACUACACCGCCACUUCAAGAGUGGCCAGUCGCUAUCGGCGCACAGCUGAGAAUCUGCUCCGAGCUGAAUUCGACCAGUUACGGGAGAAAUCAUGUCCUCAGUGAAUCCGUUCGAGGCCAAGUGUCUGAAAACCAUCGAGAUCGGUGGCAAGCAGUUCAAAUACUUCAGUCUCCCAGACCUGGGCGAUGCAAGGUAUGCCGACUUGCCAUUCUCCAUCCGAGUCCUGUUGGAGAGCGCCGUUCGGAAUUGUGACAAUUUCCACGUCAAGGAGAGCGAUGUUCAGACGAUUUUGGACUGGCAUGCCAAACAGGAGGCCGGCGUUGAGAUAGCCUUCAAACCCGCUCGCGUUUUGCUUCAGGAUUUCACCGGGGUACCCGCUGUUGUGGACUUCGCCGCCAUGAGAGACGCCGUCCAACGGCUAGGAGGCGACCCUCAAAUAAUCAAUCCCAUGUGCCCCACGGAUCUCGUCAUUGAUCAUUCGGUUCAGGUGGAUUUUUCCACUGCACCCGAAUCACUCCAGAAAAACAUGGAUAUGGAGUUUGAGAGAAAUGAAGAACGCUUCAGUUUCUUGAAGUGGGGCUCCAAGGCUCUGAAGAACAUGCUCAUCAUCCCCCCGGGCUCCGGAAUCGUGCAUCAAGUCAACUUGGAAUAUCUCGCGCGAGUAGUGUUCGCCAACGACGGAACGCUUUAUCCCGAUUCUCUUGUGGGAGCCGAUUCUCACACUACCAUGGUCAACGGUCUCGGGGUUGUCGGUUGGGGGGUGGGGGGCAUAGAAGCGGAAGCCGUCAUGCUGGGCCAGGCGAUCUCGAUGGUCCUCCCGAAGGUUGUCGGCUACAAACUGACGGGACAACUCAGUCCCCUCGCUACUUCGACAGAUCUGGUGCUCACGAUCACAAAACAUCUCCGACAAGUCGGAGUGGUCGGAAAGUUCGUCGAAUUCUUCGGUCCUGGAGUCAGUCAACUCUCGCUCGCAGACAGAGCCACUGUAGCGAAUAUGUGUCCGGAAUACGGGGCGACGGUCGGCUUUUUCCCGGUCGACGAGAAGACCAUCGACUAUCUGAAGCAAACAGGUCGAGACGAGGAGAAUGUGGCCCGCAUCAAGGAGUACCUCAGAGCUCAAGGCAUGUUCAGGAAUUACAGUGCCGGAAAAGAUCCCCUCUUCUCGCAGGUUGUCGAGCUCGAUCUGCGCACCGUUGUCCCAUCGCUCAGCGGCCCCAAACGACCGCAAGACCGCGUGGCUGUCUCGGUCAUGAAGCGUGAUUUUGAGGAAUGUCUCGCCAACAACGUCGGCUUCAAGGGAUUCGGCAUCGCCGCCGAUAAGAUGACGACGACAGUGCCAUUUAUCUAUGAAGGACGGGAGUACACCCUAAACCACGGUUCCGUCGUUCUGGCCGCCAUAACGUCCUGCACGAACACCUCGAACCCGUCCGUGAUGUUGGGAGCCGGCCUGCUCGCGAAAAAGGCCGUGGAGAAAGGCCUCACCGUUAAACCGUACAUCAAAACCUCACUGUCUCCAGGAUCCGGCGUAGUGACCUACUAUCUCCGUGAGUCGGGAGUGACGCCUUUCCUGGAGAAACUCGGAUUCAAUAUCGUGGGCUACGGCUGCAUGACCUGUAUCGGGAACUCGGGCCCCCUGCCCGAAAGCGUCACCGAGGCGAUCGAGAAAGGCGAUCUGGUCGCUUGUGGCAUCCUCUCGGGCAACAGGAACUUCGAAGGCCGUGUCCAUCCGUUCACCCGAGCGAACUAUCUCGCCUCUCCCCUCCUGGUCGUCGCCUACGCCCUGGCCGGGACAGUGAGCAUCGACUUUGAGAAAGAUCCCAUCGGCCAAGGAUCAGACGGAUCCGAUGUUUUCCUCAGAGACAUCUGGCCGUCUCGAGAAGAAAUCCAGACGGUUGAACAGAAGCACGUGAUUCCGAGAAUGUUCAACGAGGUCUACGCGAAAAUUCAGAACGGCUCGCCGCAAUGGCAGGCUCUCACCGCAUCGGAGAAGCUUCUCUAUCCGUGGGACGAUAAAUCCACCUACAUUAAACGGCCUCCCUUCUUCGAUUCCAUGGAGAAAACUCUCGCGCCGAUUCAGAGCAUCGCUAACGCUUACGUACUCGUGAAUUUGCCGGACUCUGUCACGACGGAUCACAUAUCGCCAGCCGGAUCAAUCUCGAGGAACAGUCCCGCCGCAAGGUAUCUAUCGUCUCGCAAUCUCAACCCGAGGGACUUCAACUCGUACGGGUCCCGCAGAGGUAAUGACGACGUAAUGUCUCGGGGGACCUUCGCUAAUAUUCGUCUCGUGAACCGUUUCUUGAAAAAACCGGGACCCCGUACAAUUCAUCUGCCAUCGGGUGAGGAACUCGACAUUUUCGACGCCGCAACACGCUACAAGGAGAACGGCGAUCAGCUGAUCAUCCUCGCUGGGAAGGAAUACGGCUCAGGUUCCUCACGUGACUGGGCCGCCAAGGGUCCGUACCUCUUGGGAGUUCGAGCUGUGAUCGCGGAAAGCUACGAGCGAAUCCAUCGUUCCAAUCUAAUCGGCAUGGGAAUCGUCCCCCUACAAUUCCUCGACGGUCAGAACGCGGAAUCUCUUGGCCUCUCGGGCAAGGAACAAUACACCAUCGACUUGACAAAGGAAUCGCUGGCGUCGCCUCGACAGAUCGUCCAGGUCAAACUCAGCACCGGGUCGUCUUUCGAAGCGCAACUCUGCUUCUUCACCGAGGUCGAACUGGCCUAUUUCAAAAACGGUGGAAUCCUCCAAUACGUUCUCCGGGAAAUGCUCGCGAAGCAUUGAUGUCUUCUCUGACCAUCGUACGGAUCUACAAGUCUCUGAGGCUAAAAUGAUCGAUUCUUCGGCCUCUUAGGAGCAUUUCAUUGAGAGAGAGAACCUCGUCGGAUGGCUCAAAUUGAUACGAAAUUCUGGUGUGCGGGUACUCUAUAGCGGAAAUUUAUUGUUGUCAAGUGCCUUCCAAGUAUUCAUUUCUCGCCCUGUAGAUGUCUCAAUUCCCGGUAUUCGAAGCUUGGUCCUACAUGCGGAGUUUCGACAUGAUAGACACGCUGCAUCGAUUACAUGAACUCUUGAAUAAAUGCGCGGGACUUUU